AUGGUGAUGGUAAAUGGGUGGGUGGAGGAUCAAUGUCUCGAGGUGACGCUGUCGAGGGCAAUAGAAAACAUAGUUGUAGCCUACGGCAAACCAGCUCGUCGACCCAUGACUCUCGGGCUCAAUUACGGCCCGUACGUGCGCCUGAUUAAGGCGAGAACGGCGGUAAUUAGCGAGGAUUUAUCGAUAACAACGGCCGGCCGCGAUCGAUGCGCUGUUGCGGAUAAGUAUACGAUCGUAUCGUACCGGUGGGCCAUUAAGACGCUGGUUUUUUUCAACCCCUCCGCCGCCGUACGUGUAUGGCGUCACCGGGGAAAGAUUAUCGGCCGAUGGCGGGCCGGGGGCGAGCGGGGGGAGGUCCCCGCGGGCGCCUUGGUCCGGCGUCAAUUAGACGUGGGCGGGCGGCGUGUGUGGGGU